AUGUCUUUUGAAACUCUUUUAGAUGGCUCCAAGUACAUUUAUAUCAGGAAAUCUCUUAAUCGAGAUGAUGCACAAGAAUAUUGUUCAGAAACAUACGAAAAUGGUGCACUGUGUAGUUUCAAAGACGAUGAUGACUGGGAUGAUCUUACUGAUUCAAUAAGUACAGAGCCAAACAACGAUUACAUGACAGGCCUGAAGAGAACGCGAAAAAUGGAAAAGUGGGAUUAUGAAUUCAGUGAUGGAACAUCUACUGAAUAUGCCGAACAAAAAAAUUGUGAAGGACCCAAUAGUCAAAACGAUCAACAUCGCUGCUUUUAUUUGAAGAGAAAUGGACAGAAUUGUAAAUGGCGGACGUGCACUGAGAGUAAUUUUAUUUGCCAGGUCAAUAAAGGUAAUAAAUUUUACCGUUGAUUAUCAUGCAUGUGCGAUAAAACAUUUUGAAGGCAGACAGAUUUAUGGAGUUUAUAAGAAACGUGGGGUGACCUUGGCUACACUACAAACACCACGUUAUAUACUUUUCAAAGGUUUCGAUCCAUAGGCCAGAUCUUUGGCAGUGCAUGCAAAUAAAACAAUUUGUCGAACCUAUAUAUCUAAAUACAUGCAGCCAAUUGUCGAUUCCUUGAUUGAAUAAAACAGGCUGUAGUGGCAACCUUGGGGUAAACAAAACUAUAUAUACUAUUUGCUCUAUCUAUAAGAUAUCGAAUACUCUUUUUGCAUUUCGUGAACUAAAACACACUUGCGUAAAUAUGCAUGCAUGUAGUAUGUAUAAAUAAAUAAAUGAAUAAAAUUAAUACCCAUAUUUCACAUCAGAAGGUAUACAAGAAAGGGGAAAAUAUCUAAAGUUUUAUCAACGGAUUUGAGUGUUGACCUCACACGCCAGGUUCUUUUCCCGGAGGCCGAGCCUGGAAUAUAAGGUUGAUCAAGCACAUGAGAUACAUAUUUCAGUAUUUAAUUUUAUUUAAUUCACAUGCAGUACCGUCUACCAUAUUUACUCAUUUAACCACCACGUCGCUCUUGAAAACAUUUUUAAGGCAGCGGCGCUUGUUCUGGGGCGGCGCUCUUUAUAAAAUAUUUUAUUUGUAAGCGAUAACAAGCAGCAGCAAAAUAUAAUAUAAAAACAUUGAAAUGCAAGAGAAAAACGAUCCGAGCUUGCAACCUCGUACCUGGGUGUUUUCUUUUUGCGGUUGAACGUCGCGAACAUUUUUUUAGACAGUGCUUCGAUUACGCAUCACGUUAUUGUUGUGAAUACGUGCGGUGCUUAUCGACGUCGGCGCUCUUUGAUUUUUUUUUCUCUCAUGUGGCCUUAAUCGAGUAAAUACUUACGGUAUUCGAUUUGCUCUAUUCAUCUAUGUUUUCUUUGUUUCAAAGAUUAUGCGAUGAAAGGCAUUACCGGUGACAUAGUUAUCCACCGCUCUAGAAGUAUAGAGAUUGAGAUCGAGAAUAACAGAACGAAGGUAGAUUUAAAUAAAACUUCGAGACAACCUCGACGUUUCGUUUUACCAGAGGACACGCAAGUUGUGACCAUAAAGGUUCAUAAGGCUCACAGAAGGUGUGGUGGAAUACUCGCAUCUUUCAGCAAUGGUAUUGUUACAGAUGGGUCAUGGAACUGCACUGACAGUAGUUCUUGUUCAUCCAGUGGUUGUUCAAAUCUUAAAUGGGAAAAUGCUUUUACAUCUGGAAAAAAUGGAAAUUCCUCGACAUGGCGUCCAGAAAUCCGUUCAAGUGCGCGAUGGAUAUGGAUUAGUAAUUCUUCUGCACGCAGCGUGUGGUGCAAAAGAACUUUUG